GACUUAUUACUCCCGACAGUACCGUAUUAAAUCCCGAGUAGGUUUGCCGACUCAAAACCAAAAAAGUGUUUUUUAUUAAUUUUGCGAAUUUGGUGACAGUCAAAAAUGCACCAAGAAAGCGAAGGGAUUCCCAAAAUUGAAAAAAACAAAUUCGAAUCGUCGAUUAGUGAAUUAAAAAAGAAAACUUUUGUCUCGGCAGCUGAUAUAGAAAGUUAUGGAGAGAGUGGUGUCACACCGGUAUACCAGAAGGCCCACCGUCGCUCCCUGGACGACCCCGACGGGUUCUGGGCAGAGGUCGGCCAUGAGCUGGAGUGGAGCAAACCUUGGGACAGAGUCCUCGAUAAUUCCAACCCACCGUUUACUAAAUGGUGGGUUGGUGGCGAAAUGUCGGUAUGCCACAAUGCGGUGGACCGCCACGUCAGCAGUGGCAAGGGAGACUGCGUCGCAUUGGUGCACGACUCGCCGCUCACUGACACCGUCAGGAAGAUCACGUACGCUGAGCUGAAAGAUCAGGUGUCCCGCAUGGCCGGCAAGUUGUCAGCCCUGGGGGUCACGCGGGGCUCCCGAGUGCUGAUCUACAUGCCGCUGAUCCCUGAAGCGAUCGUCAGUAUGCUGGCCACCAACAGGAUCGGCGCUAUACACUCCGUGGUGUUUGGAGGUUUUGCUGCAAGGGAAUUGAGGACUAGAAUCGAACACGCAGAGCCCACUGUGAUCAUUGCGGCCAGCUGUGGAGUGGAACCUAACAAAAUUGUUCGGUACAAGGAUAUACUAGACGAGGCACUCUGCCAAAGCACGCAUCAGCCUCGAAAAUGCAUUAUAUACCAACGUAGGCGAGUGCUCGAAUGUGCUUUAGAGCAAGACAGGGACAUCUCCUGGCAGGAGGCAUUGGAGGCGGAUCCUGUACCUUGCGUGUCAGUGGAGGCAAACGAACCGCUGUAUAUUUUGUAUACAUCAGGUACUACUGAUGCACCGAAGGGCGUUCAACGUCCGUGCGGUCAUGCUGCCACCUUGUGUUGGUCAAUGCAUGCAGUAUACGGCCUAAAGAAAGGCGUGUGGUGGUCUGCAUCAGACCUGGGAUGGGUGGUCGGUCACUCUUACAUCUGUUACGGACCGUUAUUGGCUGGGUUAACAUCAGUACUUUAUGAGGGCAAACCGGACAGGACUCCGGACCCAGGACAAUAUUUUAGAAUAAUAGAGCAGCAUAGAGUGAAUGCUCUUUUCACUAUACCUACUGCUUUCCGAGUUCUGAAACGUGCAGAUCCAUCAGCUAAAUACGCCAGACGUUACUGUGGAAAUUCUUUGAAGACUGUAUUUAUGGCUGGUGAACAUUGCGACCAAGAUACUAGACAAUGGGCUGAACGCGUAUUUGGAGUUCCUGUAUUGAACCACUGGUGGCAAACGGAGACUGGUUCCGCCAUCACCGCUGCAUGCUUGGGAUAUGGCGUCAAAGCAGUGCCGCCUCACUCUGCAGGAUAUCCUGUUCCUGGAUAUGAUAUUCGUACGUUUCGAGAAGAUGGCAUAGAAUGUCAGACUGGCGAAGUAGGCAGACUAGUCGCCAAGCUUCCACUUCCACCUGGCUUUGCUUCUACAUUGUGGCAAGCUGACGAACGCUUCAAAAAAACUUACUUCGAAUCCUAUCCUGGCUACUACGACACUCAGGAUGCCGGCUGGAUAAGCGCUGAAGGAGCAGUGUGGGUGGUGGCCAGAGCAGAUGACGUCAUAAAUGUCGCCGGCCACCGUCUUUCAACAGCGGCGCUGGAAGACGUAGUAUUGAAGCACGCCAGAGUUGCCGAUGCUGUUGUGGUCGGGGCCCCAGACCCUACUAAAGGAGAUGUGCCGCUGUGUUUAUACGUCAUGAGACCACCUCAAGAUGAUGAAGAAAUCGUUGCUGAAAUCACUGUCACCCAAGAACUGAUCGCUCUGGUUCGUCAUCUCAUCGGACCUAUAGCAGCAUUCAGAAAAGCUGUAGCCGUACCAGCCCUCCCACGUACCAGAUCUGGCAAAGCCCUAAGAGGUGCUAUUGCGAAGCUUGCAAGGUCGCAACUAGUGAAGUUGCCCGCGACUAUUGAAGACCCAACAGUAUUUGGUGAAAUCAAAACCGCUUUGCAGAAGUUUGGAUAUGCCAUCGAUGCGCCGGAUCCUGAAUUUUAAUGUCUAAGAAUUCUGUUUUUGUUGAUAGUUUUUUUAUCAAAAUUCUAGAUCAAAUGUUUUUAUACAACCAGAUCAAUAUUUUGUUUCUUUCAACUCAUCAAAUGAGUAAUUUUUAAAACAAUAGUUUUUACUGUUCUAUUUUUUCAAGAACCAUCUUUUCAAAUAAGUAUCAACAUAAUAGGUAUUUUUUAUGCACUGAAAGCCAUGUGAGUAGAGCUAUGGAGAGGCUGAUAUGAAAUAAAUAAGUUAUUUAUUUUAAAUGUGAGAGAAAUCAAAAUAAUAAUAGCAUGCAUUUUAUAGGUUCCUUCAAUUUCGUUGUCGGCAUGUAGGUAAAUUAAAUAAUUAUUGUAUGACGGUUUAGUAUGGAAAUUCAUUACUAGUUGUUCGAUAUGAGAAACUUUUUAUCAUGAAGGGUAUGAUAGAUUGUGUAUUUUCCAUGAUCAUUGACUACCGUUUGUGCAUUCAAUAUCCAAAAUCCAGUUUGACAGUAAGCCAAAUCCAUUUUAAUUGCACUCCCAUUUAAACUAAGGAAAAUAUAUUGGUAAAAUGAAUUCAGUUACUAGAUGCAAAUAUACAAUUAUUAUUAGUUAUUCUAAGUAGAUUAUUAUUAAACAUCUGCCACUUAAAAUUAAGUAAACAUUUAGAUGAAUAAGCUCAAUGUGAUAGCAGGUAAUAAAAUAGAUAGGUAGGUAAUUGCAAUAUUUAAACGAAUUUUAAUGCAAUGUAUUAAAAAAACAUAAAAAAAACAAAAAUCUUUUGUAGGUAUUCGUUAUAAUAUUUUUACUAACUUCUUUAGUUUCGGUGUGUAACUAACUAAACGUCUGUGUUUUUUUCAUGAUUUUAUUGAAGGUAUUGAGUUCAUUGUUGAUUACCUACAAAAUGGUAGGUAGGUACUUCUAUAAAAUUGCACAUCACAAGUCACUUAAAAUAUUAUUUAACGAAGUAGGUACUAUUAUUAUGUGUUAUUAUUACUAUUAGGUACAUACUAAAUUAUGUGCAUGUGUGAUUUAAAAGUUAAUUAUUUACUUUAAAACUUUGCGUUAUUAUAAAAUUUAAAAAUGAGGAAUAACACGAGCAAAAUUAAUAAUGAGAAAAUUCAUAAAAUAUACCUGAAAUUCAAGUGCGUUUCUCAUUUUUACGUUUAGUAAAACAUUAUAAUCCAUAGUGCCUUGUUUGUAAUUUUAUUA